GCUCCUCCACUCACUCCAUUCCACUCCAGUUAUUGAGCACUCAUUGCUUUACUUUGAUGCUCUUGAAGAUACUUUGAAGUCCCCUUCUUAGAGGAGUUCAUCUCCAAUAGAAAGCUGAUGUGAGAAGAGCCCUGUAGGAAGGAGUAAUGUAUAUCCCGAUGGAUCAGCUGGCUACCACUGUGCUCCUCCUGUCUAUAGGCGUGAGCCAGUCGCAGAUGAUCACGCAAGACUUAGCCAUGAUGCAGUACUUUCAGGCCAGGCUCAUACAGCUGGAGGAGCGCCUCAUCAGCUGUGAGCAGAACAUGCAGCUGUACGGCCAGAAGAUCUACGACUUCAGCAGCCGGCUGCACGGCCACCUGAGCAGUGUGGGCGCCCUGAGGGCCGACGUCAAGUCCCAGGUGGAGGGGGUGGGCCUCAGGGUAGACCGCCUGGAGCGGGACAUGGAGUACGUGCAGAGCAAGAUGCCAGACCAGCGAGAGGUGGAGGUGGAAGACGCAUUGCUGGACCAGCAAGUCAGAGAAGCCAAGGAGCUGAAGAAGAGAGUAAAGCUGACAUUGGUGAAUGCUUGUGGCACAGCUCUGACUGAAGUGAAGUCCAUGAAGAUCGUGAAGAAGAGCGGAGACCUGCACGGCUCCUGGAUGAGAGACGCCACCAGCGGCUCGGCUCAGGUCUACUACUUUGACGGCGUGCUGAACGACACCGUGGUGGAGUUCCCCUCCGUAAGAGCCUUCCACGAGGCCAACGCCACCCAUCGGCCCAAUGCCAACGCCAUCAAGCUGCCUCACCGCUGGCAGGGCACGGGUCACGUGAUCCUCAACGGCUCCGUCUACUACCACCAGGCCGGCACCUCCAACGGCAUCGUCAAGGUGGAGCUCCAGAGUGGCAAGGUGACCGACAGCCUCCUGCUGCCCGGGGCCGGCCGUCUGCCCGUCUACUCCCUCUCCCCGCACACUCACCUCCACCUGGCCGCGGACGAGAUGGGGCUCUGGGUCAUCCACGCCGACCCCGAGCUCGGGGGGAACCUGGUGAUGACCAAGCUGGACUCGCGCAGCAUGCACGUGGAGCACUCCUGGGACACCCACUGCAGGAGCCAGGACGCCGAGGCAGCUUUCUUAAUCUGCGGGACCAUGUACGUGGUGUACAACUCGCACCACGGGGGGCGCUCCAGCAUGCGCUGUGUGUAUGACAUCCACGACAGCAUCGUCCACGAGGAGACCCCGCCGCUGUUCUUUCCCAAGGGGUACACCAGCCACGCCAGCAUGCACUACUACCCCCUGGAGAAGAAGCUGUACAGCUGGGACGAGGGAUACCAGACCAUCUACAAGCUGGAUGUCAAGAAGAAAGAGGCAGCCACGCGAGACUGAUGUGUCCAGUUGGGUCAUAAAGCAGGCAUUUAGGAAUGCUGAUGGGGUCGCCGGCAGACCUAUUCACUAUUGUCUGAAAAUACCUAAUUACAUCAUAACAAUGUUGCUAUGACAUUACAGAGAGCCGUAAGUAACAUGUUAACCCAUUGAGGCUGGAUGUUGCGUUGCGCAACAUUGGCCCUGGCGCCUGGAGUUGCAUGACGCAACAUUCAGGCUCAUGAGAUUUAAGACAUUUCUUUUUAAAUCUUGGUAUGUUAGAGCUGAAUGAACAUAUUCUAAUGCAAGAUGAGGGUCUUAGCAACUUAUUGCAUGUUUUUAUGUGCUUCAGAGGCUGAGAUAUUUGGGUUUUUAUAGGCUGAGGGCAACUUUUCUUAAAAAGGGCUUAGGCAUUCAGCAGCCUUUUUUGCAAGUGUUUUAGGCAUCAAUCUGUUAAGACAUAGCCAUUGCAUUUUGGUGACAGUAAGGUUAUAACAAAAGGCUCUGCACUAAGGGGUUAAUGCAGAAUGUGGAGGAGCAUUGAUUUAGCCCUGCUACAAAUGUGUAGAAAUGUUUAAUUUGCAAUGCUAAAGAUUUAAAUAGUUGCCACAUUUUAUUUUGAAGUUUGUAUCACUAAACUGUAUAGCCUACCUGUUUAGAUUCGACUUUGGAUGAAUUAAGUGUGAUGAAAAGUUCAGAGAACUGCAUGCUUACUGAUCCUUACUCUUUACUGAUCUCUGCUGCAGUGAAGUUUUACAGCCAAGUUGAAGUCAGGGCCGUCGUUAGGCCUAUUUCAGGGGGGCUUUAGACCCCUUACAUUAGUAUUAGCCCCCCCUUUAACAAUUUUGCAAAAAACAUUUUUUUUUUUUUUUUUUACAUUUUUCCAAAAGCAAAUGCAGUAAAGCACUGAAUACGAACCACAAAGAAGGCAAGUUAAUCUGAAUACAAGUUCCUGUUUUCUUAUUUAUUGUUUAAUGCCACUUAUAUCCUACUGCACAGCAAUAAAAGCAGGGUGCACAGCAAUAUGUUAUGCGGGGAGGGAAAAUACUCAUAACAUAACAUGAUAAUAUUCAUCAGUUGAAACAUUUUGAAAUGUUUUGUUUAGC